AUGGGGUUCAAGUUGAUCAGGUCAUCCCCAUAUUAUGCCCAGGCUAAUGGACAGGCUGAAGCAUCUAACCAGAGCCUCAUGAAGCUGAUCAAGACAAAGAUUGAUGAGCAUCCUAGGCGCUGGCAUGAGGUGUUGUCUGAGGCGUUGUGGGCAUACCGCAUUUCAUGCCAUGGGUCUACCAAGACAUCACCGUAUCACUUGGUCUAUGGUCAAGACGCAGUAUUGCCGUGGAAAAUUACAGCUGGGUCAGGGCACGUUGAGUUCCAAAAUGAUUUAUCGGCUGAAGAAUUUGCGGCCUUGAUGAGUGACAAUGUGGAAGAUCUCACGGAGCUAAGGUUUUGGUCGCUGGAGAAAAUCAAAGAGAAUAAGGCCAAAGUCGCUCGGGCGUACUACAAAAAGGUCAGUCCAAAGGAUUUCUAG